GGGCGAUAUAAUACUUUGUCUACUGACAGUGAUCAGUUAAUGACAGUCGUCAUUUGUCAGGUGUCGACAGUUUCUAAAAGUCGUUAUGGUUGUGAAUUAAGGGGACAUAUUUAGGGAUUGCUGUGGCGGCUGGCGAUUAAAAAUUGGUGAUAUUUGCCUGCGGUUAGAGCUGGCACAUAAUUAUGUAGCGGUGUUUCGUUUUCCUCAAUUUCACUACAAAAUAAUACUGUUAAACUACCACGAGUUGGUAACAAGAAAAGGGACACGAGCUAAGAACCGUAUAUAAUGAGUAACGUAAAUGAACAAAAUGGCCGCCAGGCACAACAAACAACGCCACCAACUGAUCCACGCAUUAGGAAUGCGCCUGCACCGGAGGAAAAGUUCUGUCGCGACUUUAUUUGGGGCAUUUGUACUAAGGGCUCUCAAUGUAAAUUUCCUCACGUACGAGAUUUCGAGUCUAUGAAAAACACGUUAAAGUUCUGCCGAGAUUUCCAAAAUAAAGUUGGAUGUCGGAGACCUGAUUGUACUUUUCUACACACUACGAGAGAGGAGGAGAAAUUGUUUCUUAGCACGGGACAAAUUCCACGUGUACUAAUGGAAUGGUAUUCGGCAAUGUCGACUCCCGUCAAUGCAAUGGCGGAGGCGAUGCCACAGAACAUGGUGUACAUGCCCGACUACCGGCACCAGCCGCCUCCUCCACCUCCCGCGGGUCCACCAGUGGCCGCCGCUAUGCCGCAGCCACUGCAAUGCCCGCCGCUUCCGACGUUGCUCGCGCCACCGCCACCGCCGCCGCCGCCCACUGAAGCCCCGACGCCGAUCAGGGUGACCAACCCCAAAUACACAAAUUCUCACACACAUAGCACAUCAGUUGUGAUGUGCCCAGUAACUCAGCCACCUCCUCCAUUGCCACCUAACUUUGAUGCUAGUAAACCCCCACCCCCUUUGCCUCAGCAUCCAAAUGGAGCUCAAAAACGUGCUGCUGAGUCUUGUGAAGCUGGACCAAGCAAAGCGAGGAAAGCGGACAACUUCAAAGGUAUAGAUCUCUGCGAUAGUUGCGUGCAGCGGAACCUCAGGCUAGAGCUGUAUCGGCAAGAAAUUCAAAAAUUACAGCUCGAAAAAGAACAUAAAACUCUAUUAUAUGAGCGUAAACUGGAGGAUUACGAAAAUGACAGGCUACUAUUGAGAUCUAUAGUUAAUCCGGAACUGUAUCAGAUUUUGGAGGAGUAUGUAGAGGGCCCUACGUCCGUCAGGUCAGAUGACACUAUCCUGCUAUCUCUCAGUACCCCAACUCGCGCAAGACCAAACACUAUAACCAUUUCUUCGCCGGAGGUUCUGCGGACGGUUCUGGAACUCAUGCGUACGACAACCACCACGGCCGGGUCAGACAGGCUACAGAUGACGGAAGCCCUAGCGAGUGACCAUCUUACUAUUGAACCAAGGCCGAGUACGUCGUCCGUAAACAGCAGAGUCUUGAACGGGUUGCACUCGCUGUUGAACGUGCAGAGAACGGAGCGUCCUUCCCACGAGGUGGUGGCGCCGAGGUUCCCGUCGGUGCCCAGCGCAGCCCCGAGCGGCUACCAGUGUCCCGCCGCGACGGCGGCUCCCGGUUCUUACGUGCCCUACCAGCCCGCAGUCCCGCCGCCCGCCGUCCGACCGUUCUACGCCCAGCCUUACCCUCCACCUCAAACGGUACACCCAACACGAAUGCAGCGUUUAAUCCGUCUGCGCGCAUGGGAGUGCCGCAAACAUUCACAAGACCGAAUGUGCCUGGUACAGCCACUGCAAAUAUGAACAAUAUGCAGAAUUUCAAUCAAUAUAUGGUAUGGACAGUUUCCCCCCCAACCACCAUACUAUCCUCCAGCUCAAUAGCGUUUACUACGAGGUAUGUACUCCUCACCAAAACUCAGCUCUGCGGAAGAGAUUGUUGAUUCAGUUUUAGGCUAUGUUUAUUGGCGCAGUAAUUGUCGCUGCGAUGCUACGUAUGCCACGCUGCCGGCGUGUACAUGUAAGCCAGUAAAAAUCUAUGUAAAGUUUGUUACUGUUUAGAGAAAUUACGAACGAAACGAAAAGCGAACCAUUCUGGUAUUAAAAUAAGUACUGAGGGUUGUAUUUUUGUUAAUUUACUUUUGCUGCUGGUUGUACACACACGGAGUCUCACGACUAACUAGUGGCUUCGUUUAUGGGGAAAUAAGUGGUUAUUGCGUUAGAAGUGGAUAGUUAUCGCAUUGUAUUUAUUUCUGGAAAAGCAUAUUUGUAUGGGGAAGUAUUAAUACUACUAGUACAAGUUCGUAGGAGAACGACCUUCACCCAUUUAUUUAUCGAAUGAAAAGUAUUUUUAUGAGUCUCUAUAAUCGCCAGUUUGCUCCUCGGUGCCUCUAGGGCAGGCGCUUGAGUCCGCCAAGCAUGAGGAUCCAUUAUGUCGCCUAGGCCCGAACGCCGAUUCCUAGGUAGCCGGCUGCUAUUGGUCAUAGCGUGAUGUUACAUAGUUUAUACCUUUCCUCGAUAAAUGGGUUAUCCAACACUGAAAGUAUUUUUCAAUUCGAACCAGCUGUUGAUGAGGUUACCGCGAUCAAACAAACAAACUCUUCAGCUUUAUAAAUACUUUAGAUAGAAAAGGAAUAUACUAAAAUUGUAUUGGCUACAUAUAAAACAUACUUUUCAUAUAGUUAACACCUGGUUGAAGAUCGUUUCUACGGAUCUUAGACUACGCUGUUUAAAUAAUGUUUGUUAUUGUUAUUGAAGCCAAAUAAUUAUUUUGAACAAAGAAUAGAAUACUAUAAGUAUAUUGCUGUGCCGCCAAAUUAGUACCAAGUAAUAUAAUGAGUUAUUAUUAUUCGAGUAUAAUAAGAUAGAUCUCAUAUGAAUUAUGUAACCAAGUACCUGAUUAAGACUGAUUUUUUGGAUCUAAGUAAUAUUAAUCUAAUCUAACCACCUUUUUGAUAUAGUUUUUAAGUUUAUAAUUCUAUACAAUUAAUAUGGAAGCGAAUGUGUGUGCUAUUGCGAAUUUGACUUUUGUAUCGACUAUAGUGGCUACAUAUUUACACAGCUUAAUAAAUAAGUAGCCUGGUCCGAUUUUGUCUGUAAAUUGGUUGCCCUAUAUUUCGCAAUUUAAAAGUUAUUUAGAUUAUUUUUAUGACUUUCGACUUUAUUAUUGAACAUUUAACUUAAAGCUAAACUUCUAGGUCUUGUCAUGACUGUAGACUAGAUAUAUUUUUAAAUUAAUUAGAUUCAUAAGCAAUUACAAUCUAAGUUUUAUAAAUUUUGAAACAUUCAACCUCUACGAAAUUUGAUGAAGUUCAUAAUUAUCUCAAACCUAUAACGGGCUCUGAAAUGAAAAUUUCUUUGAUGUUUUUGACCAAAUUAUUUUCAAGGCAGCCUAAAUUUAUUGAGAAGUAUUUAGUAACUUUAAUUUGGUUAGGUUAGUAGUGAGCAACAUGGGCUAUAAUUCGUAAAAAUGAAUUCGAAUUGAUCAAGAUCGAAAAUCAAAUUUGAUUAUUUUUGCUUCAAAUGUCUCAAGUGACAGAGAAUAUAUUUUAAAGGGGCUUACAGUGCGUUAAGGGACAGAUGAUAUGUUUACCAAGAGAAAUACAUUAACUAUUAAAACAGAUUAAUUAACAGUCACAAAUGACUACUGCAGCUAUAAAUUUAAAAACGACUACUAAACAACGAGUUAUUUGUUAUUGUUAAUGAAUCCGUUCUCUCUAGUUUCAUGUAUCUUCUUUGGUAAACAUUAUACCCAAAAAAUUUAUAAUAAUACUAUUGAAUUACAAUCUGUGGUCUAAUAAAGAGUAACCUUCUUAAAUCUUAUUUUGAACUUGAAUUUGAGGCAAAAGGAACAGAUUUCGGUUUUCAGUCUCUAUCGAUUCCAAUACUAAUAUUUAACCAUGUUCUCUCACUACUACUCAAAUGAAAUUUAAGAAGUUAAUUCUCCAUGACUGUAGAUGUAGAUAUUAUUUGAAAUAGCUGUAUGAAGUUUAGUGGCGAAGUCGACUUCCAUAAACAUUUUCAAAAUCGGGCAAUAUGCUGGGGUUAAAUAGAUGCUCUUUGAGGGCUUCUAUCGAUCUGCUUUACUUGGUCCGACUAUCGUGUUAUAACUUGUAAAAAUAUAACGCGAGCCGUGAAUCUGCGGACAACAUUCGACUCUCACUCCCUAAUAUCGAAGGUCGCGGGGUGUGCAAGUGCAUGCAGCCGCAUCCUUCGCAGGAUUCAGCUCUUGGGUAGAGCCUCUUACCAUACAAGGAAUGAGACCUUGGUAAAAUCCUACGGAGCAUCUAAUAUAGCAGGCAAGCCUCCUGAGCAUCAUUUGCCCUAUAUCGGGCCAACCGUCCGCCAAUACUCCAUAAUACUAGGAUGCGCUAAGUAAUUAUAAUAUAUCAAUCUAAUAUGAAAACAAAUUAAAAUCCAAUGUACGGAUGAAGCAGUGGCGAUCCUACCGGCUUCUCUUUAUGUAGAAUCGAAUUAUCAUAAGAACGAUUUGCAGACAAAAUCCAGGCAUAAAUAUUUUUUAUAACUUUUUUUGGGCUGUGUUAUUAGCUAAUAACGAUAUUGUAUUAUUUUUAUAUCUUUACAUCUCUAAUCUAAGUGAAUUCUCAUGUUUUUAUUACAAGUAUGGUGAAUGGGUAUUUUAUAUAAGACUGACGAUUUAGAAUACUAAUGAUCAAUAUAUUAUAAGGAAGAGGGAAUCGAUAAGUGUAAUAAGUAAUAUUUUAAUUAUAUUCCGCUUUGCGAAUGUCGUAUUCUAAAGACUGAUGAGAGUUGAAGUCAGCGGGCGAGGACGAUAACGUUUAGCAGAAGGUUAAACAAUAAUUGACAAUAUGUUUGAAAUAGCAAGAGCCGAAAAAAAAAUUAAAUAUUCUAAUGUAACCGAUAUAUUAUUACUAUUGUGUUAUUUUCUAAAUUAAUACUUGUUAAUACAUUUUGGGAAUGAUGACUGCAAUGCCUGACAGUUUGUCAUGAUUUUUGUAAUUAGUGCCCAAGACGUUAUAAUGCUCGCCCGCUCGAUCUCAUGCUUUCAUGGUUUGUAUUGUGUACUGUGAGAUUGGUGUAUUCGCCACACAUCUUAGUAAUUUAAAUAGUAUAAUAAUUAGUUAAUUAUUGACUGCCUUGCAACGGAGCCAUUUAAAAUUUAUUUAUACUUUUGUCAAAUGUGGUAAGAUGUCGACUUUACCACUAUGUUUUGUAUCCAAAUCUAAAUUGUCUACUGUUAUAUUUUUUCUUAUUAACAGUAGAAUCCUAAUAUCCAAGUUCUUUAACAAAACAUAGUGAGUCAUAAGUGCAAAAGAAAGGUCAAUAUGUAUUUACUGUGGAUUGAUUUUAUUUAAACAACCUAUAUAAAUACAAAAUUUUAAUUUUCUUUAGAAUGCCUCAGUGGCCAUCGUUAUUUAAUAUAGUGAAUUGGGUUUUCACUUUGAUUCAUUUGUGUUAAAUUCAUCUUAUUUGACAUAGCCGAUAGAUUUUUUUUACCGGCGAUUUUAUUGUAUAUUGCAUGUCUAUAAUUUUUAAAUUUAAUUUAAUUUUAUAGUUAAAUAAAAUUAAUUGUCAAUGGUUUUUACUAAAAGUGUUGGGGGUUGUUGGCGUGCAGAUGGUAUGAAGUGGGUGCAGAGUAUAGUUUUGGUCUAGAAAUGUAUUCGAGUUUCUGUUUACUUUACAAUCUGACCUUCAAUACUUUUCUUAAAUAUAUAGACGUAUACCUCACCCACAGUGAGUUCUACGUCGCUCGCGCACUCCUGCGUCGUCGAAUCGCGGUUUAAACAAAGCUUAAAUUACAAACAAGUAGCAUUGUGACUUAAUUUAGAUAUGUUACUUGUUUCACAUAAAUAAUGGAACAUUACCAAACUGGCUCGCAAUAUGUGUUUUUUUUUUUAGUUAUUACACUAGUCUUGUUAUUUUGACUUAGUUAUAUUUUUUCCUGUUAUCGUAGGAGUAUGAAGCAGUGCGAGCGCUUUAAAUAUUGUGAUAAUAAGAGCAGACGAUGCGCAUUCCACACACGUUAUAGUCAAUUGACACGCCCAAACGUGCCCAAAGUCCCUGUGAUCUGAGGAUGGUAUUAGUUAUAUUACUGCGAGGGCAUAGUCGAUUUAUUUCUAAGUAAUACUAUUGACUAUUUUAGUGUAUGUCCAAUGUACCUGAUAGAAAUAAGUUGCUGUAGCUGUAAUCAAUUAGUGUAUUUAGUUUGUAAUGAUCAUCCAACACCACAUUUUAGGAUACAGGGAUAUGAUUAUUGCGAAGUAAGUUAUUGCCGCCAUUUUUGUACCUGAUUAUGAAAUACAAUGUUCCUAUUGUCGUCACUUAAUAAAAAUAUUUUUUCUAACAUA